CACUAAGUUAGCGGAUAUUGUGCGUGGCCGUUGUUUUUUACGAAGAAAACCAUACUAAAAGGUGAGCUGGAUAAAUAUAUUCAUUCAUGUGGACGACGGUUGUAACAGUGAGCACACUGUGCGGAUUUUAUGUGUGAAAUUGUGAAUUAAGUAUACAGAAAUAUGGAAGGAUUUAUUAAGGUUUUUCUGAUGAUAUCAGCGGUGGUGUUGGUGCAUACAGCUCCCAGGCAACCUCGGCUUUCUUUAGCUGAAUAUGUUGGACCUAGCUAUUCCUACAAUAACAUUGAUGGAAAUCCUGGCAUGUAUUCCUUCGGUUACGACGUAAUGGACCCGGAGACUGGCAAUGCUCAAUAUCGUUCUGAAGAAAGGCAUGCCAAUGGAACGGUCACUGGCACGUAUGGCUAUAUCGAUCCUUAUGGCAAACCAGUGAAGUACAGAUACAUCGCUGAUAGCUUGGGUUACAGGGUAUAUUCAGAUGUGAUAACAAACAGACCGUUGCCAUUGCCCCUCGUUUUAAAUGAACCGACGGAACCCUCGGUCACAUGGACUCGACCACCGAAACCACAUAACAAUGUUAUCACCCAUCUAGUGUCAGAACUUGGGAGUCUCUUAACUGACAAUAAUUUUGUCUAGACAUAAAUACAUCUACUAAAUAAAUUAUUCAAACGUGAAGCAUAUUAAUUAAGUAACUAUGUAAUUUAUUGUGCUAUUAAUAAAGUUU